AUGCCACACCACACCACCGCCCACACGCCCUCGAGCCCAGCCAGGCCCGCUGCCGCCUCCAAUCUCAAUCGCGCCAGAGCCUACAGGGCCUGUCCCUCGCGCUGCCAUGCUCCUUCCUUUCCUCGCUGCUCGCCCUCUGCCUCCGUGGCCACCAGCCUGAGAGGCGCCUGCCCUGGGCCCUGCUUGCCGCUGCCCGAUCCAGCCCGCGCCUGCCCGCGCUCGCCCCUCGCCAUUGGCUGCCUGCCAUAUUGCCCUCUGUGCCAAUGA